CAGAGGCCACACUGGUGAGGGAGGCCAUGGCUAAGGAUUUGGAGCCAGAAUUCUACCUCAAGUGGAGACACUGUGAGACCCCGGGCGUGAAGACGCUGGGCGACCUCAGGAAGCUUCUGCACCGACUGCAGCGAGAGCACAAGGAAGACGUCUUGCUCUACACCUCAGGCCACCUCAAUCCCAGCAGGCUCUACCGGCCGCCCGAGACCCACCUGCCCGCCUGGUGCGGCACCAGCAGGCCAAAGGGGGAAGCGGCUUCUGCAGUGGGAAGGCCACCCGACAGGAAUGUCGCCAAGAUGAAAGAUGCUUGGGCUCAUUUUACCAUCAACACAGCUCUGCUCCCCGAUGAGGUCAGAAACCAGCGGCUGUUCAGGUACCUGAACCCCCAGGCGCGGGCCUCCCACACUUGCAGAGAGGACUCUACUCCCAGGCAGGGAGAGAAGGCGGACAGGGGCACGGGCUUUCCUGAAGGACGCAGGAGAGAGGAGCUCCGGCUGCCCCAGAUGAAGGUGCUGAGGUGCCGAGAGCCAGGGUCCAGCCGCAGCUGCACCCUGACGGCGCCAGGCCCGGACGAGUACCAGUACAUCAGCUCCUACCUGGCCGGCAUAACCAAAGCCGACAGGUACCAGAAGUUCUUGAGUUUCCAAAAGCAAGUUCUGGCAAAGCAAGAUCUACUGAAGAGUGAUUUCACAGGGGCCAAGGUGGCAGCGGGCCAUGAGAAGAAGUUGGAGGAGGCGUUGAGAAAAUCCACAGGGUCAGCAGAUGCUGACAGUCGGGUGAAGUGGAAGGCUAAACGUGGACGUGGGGACACUGGAGGCAAGAAACUUCAGAAAAUAUGCACGUGCCCCCCGCAAGAGCUCAGCAGGCUGCAGGUCUUAGGAGAAGUGUUUGAAGAUGUUUGCAACAGUUCUUUGAUAUUUGGCGACAUCUUAAAAGAAGUUAAGGAUGAAUAUGAACUCUACAUGACCAUACUCCUGUGCUCCCAGCCCACGGAGCAGUACGAGACUUACCUGGCUGAAGCGAAAGAGCUAGAGAAGAGUCCCGUGCAGAGAGGGGAUAUUGACCAGGCCAGGGAGGAGCUGAGGAAACUCGUGAAGGCCACCAGAGCGGCCCUGGAGCACCACAACAAACUCAGAGAUGAAUUAGAGGUGGAGAACAAACUGCUUCGAAUCACUAAGGAAAGAUCAGAAGAAACCGAGAAAAAAGUAAUUGAUGAGGAACAACUUACUCUUACGGAGAAGGUUGAAAUUCAGAGAUGUGAAAUACUCAAGAAAUGGGAUGAAAUUCAAGACCUUGAAAAGCAAAUUAAAGCAACACUGGUGCACACUGGAAUUUCAGGCAUUGCCGAGAAUAAGCUUAAAAGCAUAGAGAAUGAAGCUAUAAGAUUGGAAACAUCAAAUAGGAUCCUAAAUAAGAAAUUGGAAGCCAAUGAAAACCAUCUGAAGCAGUUCAUGAGAAAGAGUAAGAUCAGUGAGGAGGAGCAGCAGAAACUUUGGGAAUUUAUUAAAAAAUACACAAAAUUAGAAGAAACAGAAAAUAACUCUCAAGCAACUGGAGAAGUGACCCAUGAAAAUUCAGAAGUGUCAUGUGUAUAGCAGCCUGGAUGUUUUCAGAUGGAGAAGUCAAGGGAGAGGCAUUCCAUUUCGUCCACCUUACCCCAAUAAAAUUAAUGUGUUAUAAGUAUCCUC